CUGAGUCAUCCUGCCCCACACAAUAUUAUUUCAUAAAAACAGUCAUUUCAGCUGAGCUGUGCUGUUAAGAAACUACCUGCAUAUUUGUACAUAAAGAGAGAGAACAGAGGUUUCAUAGGCAACUGUAGCUGUGGCAUUUCCUCCUGUCAGCCACUCAACUUCUCAUCUUUAAUAAUGUGCUUUCAAAAUGGGUUUAGAAGAAUUGUUAUUUUUAAGGUCUUUGUUUUGGGUUGUUUUUUUUUUCCUAGGGUGUUCAGGUAUUAUUUCAGCAUGCUGCUAAAAUUUGCCUGAGGAGUGCACGCCAGAGAAAGGAACUGAUUAUUCUUAGUUAGGAGCUUACAGCUCACCUGAACCUGGAUAAAAUUUCAUGGGGGUAAAGAAAAGUCAUUUCUUUAGCCUGCGGGCUUUCUCCCUGCUGAGUUUCAAAGGUUUGCUGCAAAUAAUGGAAAUGUCAGAGUUUCUCAUAAACUUUGCAAGGAUCUUUUUCAAAGUUCCCCUUAAAAAACAUCCUAUAUUUUCCUGGGAGGGAACUGUCCACUAGAAGUUGGUGUUACCCUUCGGGUUUAUUUUGCACUUCCUUCAAGUCAGUGUUAAUUCAACUUCUCUGUUUCCUUGCAUCUCACGUUUAAUUUAGGGCAUGCUGUGUAGUCCUGAGUAAACUGCUCGUCUCAGCACAUGCUUUUUCUAAGGCUGUUCUGCUCUCCUGAGUUGGUGGUGGCACCCAGAGCUCCCACCGCUUCCCAGAGGGGCUUUGCCCCAGUGCCACCUUGCUGCUUAGGGCUCUGCACGUUGUCCCUCCUGGCACACCAGGUAACCCUCUCACAGCGAGAAGGCUGUGGGAAGGGAGGAAAAGUAUCGGGAACAUCCACACAGGUGAUCCAAGGAGAAUAUCCCAUCAGGCGCCUCUUGCUGGGGAAAUUUUCAGGGAGGAAAGCAGCCUAUCGUCCUCCAAGAUUUUGCACGGAAGGAGUGCCCCAGCUUUAUGGAAGAAAAGGCACGCACCACAGCCCUGGGGUCUGCUUGGGGAAGGGGAAGCAGUGCAGGGCGCUUCUGGGGUCAUGCACACCCAUGCUACCUCUUCUAGAAGGGACUGGCUGCAAGAUCCAUCCCAAAAAACACACUUUCAGGGGGAAAGAGACAUUCUCAAAAUGGAAACACGGAGGAAGCGUGCUUGUGAAUCACUGUAGGCACCGGCAGAAGAAAGAGAGGAGAAAAACAGCAUCACUAACUAGCUGUUUGACAGAGAUUGCCAUUAAAGAGUAGAUGCCGAUCGGCAGCAUCAGGGUGUGCGCUACAGCCAAGUGUCCCUGCUGCAGCCUCUCAAGGCUGCCAAACUUACAGAUCGCAGGACAUCCUCAAGGCAGGGUAGCAGAGAGUGCAAUAACCAGUCACCAAAGUAUGGAUGAAAAAAUUAAGAACAGUUUCUCAGAUGUAGCAUAGGGUUGCUUCACACCACAAAGCAAUAGGAAUGAUCUUAACCCCCUGCAUUUUCAAGAAGCAACACAGCUACGUGACUGGUCUGACUAGAGCAUUUUCCCCUGGGAAGAAGUACAUUCGAUCCCAUAUUGCUGCAAGGUACAUAUCACCUUUCAAUCUGGAAAUAAAAAUUUCAGGCUAUACUGUACCAUUACUGUUCUAGGCAGAACACAUUUUAUUAAUUUAAAUUUUUUUUUUCCACUUUAAGAUUUUUUGGUCCCACCCUCUCUCAAUUCAUUUACAUUAGAAUAAGCCAGGAGCAGCUCAAAAUUAAUAGGAUUAUGCCAAACGUAUGUAAUAUCUAAAUCAGACCCAUUCUAGUUGUCUUUCAGAAAUUUUAGAGCAAUUUCUGGUCACAAACUAAUUUUUGGUUAACCAUAAGCAAUUAGUAUCAGAAACCAUUUUCAGAUUCUAAAUUAAUGUUUUGCUCAAGCGACUCCCACUAAAAUAGAGUAAAUUACCCCUUCACAGCUCUUUCAUAUUUGUCCCUAUCAGCCUAUUCAAGACAUAAAACCAAGGAUGUCUGAUUAGAGCAAGACGUACAUCUUCAUUACAGGGGGCUUAGAUAGUGCAAAGCACAUUUAUAAUAUUUUGUGGCAUUAGCAGAUGUGUUAAAAUCACAUUUUCAGACUGAACCAAAUCCUCUUGAGCUAAUGUAGGUUAUUUCUCUGAAGCUGAGGGUCCCCAUUAGUGUUUUCUUUAAUCUCUCCUGGGAGAAGGACAUAUCCCUGAACAUCAUCUUAGCACUGGUGGGAGAGGGCUUAGCCAACUUGAUGGGAACAGUGAGUUUCCUCACAAAACCGGCUGUAGUCUUUGGCAGCGUGCUGGGGAUGCAGAGAGGCAGAAAAGGGCCCCCGGACAGGGACGCACAUGAUUUCAGUCCCACAGCAUGCUAGCUGCACAUAGGAUAGGCAGCUGGCAUGCAACAUGUACAUCGCAAAUCGCUCUGGUUCCUCCUCCAGCAGCUGCUUCUGCAGGGUAGGGACAGAGUCCUGUUUUCAUCAGAGGGUCCCAGUCCUGACCAGUCUGACACUCACUGGGGCUGGCAGACCAGAGUCCCUGCCUAUGACACCACCUCUAUUACCCUACUUUCAUUUAAAAAAAAAAAACACAAAAAAAACCAAAAACAAAAAACAACCAACAAAAAACCCAAACAAAAAUAUUUUUAAAAAACCCACACAAAGCCCUCAAAGAGGUAUUCCUACCUCCUCCUGACCUCUGAACUCAACAGGACACUGGAGAUAGGGGCCACAGUUUUUCAUACUGUCACCCACGUACUUGCCCCUCGUGGUCUGGCUUUGCAGGUUCGGAUGCACUACACACACAUCCCCCAGUCUCACUCCCAGGGCAACAGGGGUCCCUGCCGAUGGCAAUGGAGGGUCCAACCCUGCUGCAGGCAUGCAGCCAGGUUCUGGCACAGGCAUCAAAUGCUGAAGCCUGCCCAUGGCGGGGUCGGAGCGGGUGUUUCUAGUCCUGCCCAAGUGCCUGGGCUGUGCAUACAGGUGCUGGGGCAGGACGGUAAACUCAUGGCCAGGUUGUGAGCAAGGAAGAGGGAGUUUGGCACUGCAGGAUUGUCACCGCUACUUUACACUCAUGAGGAGCAGAGUUACUGUGACAUUCAGUGUCUGCAUUGGAAAGAUGAACAAACAAAAAAGGAUUUAGCUAACUCUCCCUUCUGAAGAGUCCCUUGCUGCCCACAAGGUCCCAUUGCAACCAGUGCAAGACCCAGAGUACCACACACCAAACUGUUCCUGAGCAAACAUUAGAGUUCUGUAAUUCUGAUGAGAUUCUCCUGUUUCAGUGAAACUAGGAGAUAUGGGCCAGUUGGGAGGAGAUGAUGGGAAAAAAAAAAAAAGAAGGAAAAAAAAAAUUAAAAAAAUAAUAAAAAAGAAAGGAGUAGAGACAUCCCCCGGGGUUCCGGUGAUAGCAUAUUGAAGUUACUGGAAGGACUCCCAUUGAUUGCGGCAUAGUUUGGGUCAGUCCCCCUGAUGCACCAUGGAGAUUCUGCAGUCCUUUGAACUCAGUACUAUUUCAGUGAAUCUAUUAACGUUUGACUGUGUUAAAUGUAUUAUUACAAUAUCGCAUUUGAAAUAGAGUCACUUAUAAUUCAAGACUAUACAGCCUGGGCACAGGAAAAAAAAAAUUGUGGUAUGUGUUCAGUAACAUAUUUGGUGCUGUGCAACCGUUCUAUAGAGUGCAUUUAACUGUGUUUUGUGUAUUAUUCUUAACAUGCAUUCACAGUAGACAGCAAAGCAGCAGUUAUGGGGUAUGCUGUGAAUGCAUAUUAACAGCAGUACACAUUUGCAUAUCAUGGAUCCAUAAUACAAAAUGCGUAGUAAAAUCCUUAUGAAAAGUUAUUAUGCAUGCACAGUAGAGGCUUUUUAAACCUUGAUAUCUCAGCUAUUUUGUUUCUCCACUAUUUAUUUGAAAAUAUUAAAAAGGUCAAAUGAUGGAUUAAGAAUCUGCAAAAAUGUAAUGAUACAACUACAGAGGGAAUCCUUCAACACAAACUAAUUCAUUUAUUUUGUUUUUAGUAGCAGUAUAAAAGCCACUCAAAAAUGGAUUUUAGAAUAAUAUUUGAGUAGUUAAAAAAAAAAACCUACCUACUUCAGCAAUAAAAAAGGACAGAGAAAAUAUUUUUGUAAAAGUGUAUUUUGGAGCCUGGGUGAUAUAACUGGAAAUUUUGAUGGUCCUUCCCGUAACACAAAGCCACUACAAUGUCGACCUUUCCUUCAAUUUCUCGUAGUAUUUUUAGUAUGCAUUGAAACAGGGCUUGGUUUCUCAGGACUUUGCAUAUUUAGAUUAUCGUGCAUUGUAUAAUACUCUGAAUAUGCAAAAUCCUUGAAAAGGUUGACAACCCUUAGGACCUUCCACAAUAUAAAUCUUAAUACAUAAAUUCCUAUUGAGAAUAACGGGAUUCUACCCUCUUCUCUGUUACACACAUUGUAGUAUUUGGGAUAAAAUGGAAUGAAUGUUAGGAAUAGUACAGCUCUUGCCCCUUUUGAACAGUUGCCACUUAAGUUUUAACACCUUUGUCGCUUCAAAUACAUUUGCCUAAAAAAUAAAAUAAAAUAAAAAAGAGGCCUGAGCUCUGUGAAGAAUGAACAACCCAGUGUCUCACUUUUGUAAAAAAAAUGCAGAGUUUGGGGUGAGGUCUUUUUUUCUUUUUUCUUUUUUUUUUACUGAAAAGCUCUAAAAUCAUUGAGCACGUACAUGUACGUGUACAUAACACGCUUUCCACACACACACGUUGUUCUGCUGCUGCCUUAUUUUUUGUCCCCCUCUCUAAUAAAAAAAUGCCCAAACAGAUUUAAAUGAAACUUUGUGAAAACAAAAUAAUUGGAUCGGGGCUGGGAACAUUAAUGCCAAGCUUGGGCCCAACGUGAAUUAAAGCAGAUGAGUUAUAAACCCUUCAAAAACAGGAUUUAUAAUGGAAACACUGACACGGACCCAUAAACAAUAGCAGCUCUUCCAGGGAUUAUUUUAAUACUAAAAGCAUACUCAGUCGCUCACUUUUUUUAAAAUAGAGAUUACUUAGUCACUAAAAAGCGGUGAUACGCGGUUAUAAUGAAAGCAAACUUUAAAAAAAAAAAAAAAUGCUUCUAAGAUGACACAUCGUUCCCCCUGUAACUCUCUUGAUAUCGCUUAUAUGUGACAUGCCACUCCUUAAAUAUAAAAAAAACCCACAAGCCCCAAACACACCAAGGUGGAGUUUGCCAUAAGCUCCAUGGCAAGGCUGAGCUGAGAGGCUUUGUCAGCUUCAUUUAACAGUUUCUUGCCUGUCGAAAGAGACAAAAGGGUUAAGGGAGGAAGAGCAGGGAGUACAGGAGAGGCAGCUGACAGGAGAAACAAGGGCACCAAGGAGAAAGCAGCAGCCAGGGAGGCAAAUGGAAGAGCAGGGGGAGAUUUUUAGGAGGAGGAAGAGCGUGCUUCCAAAGGAAGGAACUCAGUUUUUAAAGACAUUUCGGGGAAGCGUUUGCAAAAAGGCCAGGCAGGCAGACAAAAUUUGGCAGGGGGGCAAACCCUGCGAGCCCCCCCCAGUUACACCAGUGAGCGUCUUGCCCUGCCAGGAGCAGGUGCCCCCCAGUCACAGAGCACAGCAGCGGGGCAAAACGGGGACCCACGAGCCCUGCCACACACUGCCGGAAAAAGGCAUCGUUUGUACUUUGUACGUCCAGUUUCCCACGAAUGGCUCUUUAUGCCUCUCUUCUUUCGGGAAGGUCAAAAACCACCCAGGGAUGCAAGGGGAGGAUUUCUUACAGCCGGCAGAAGGUUUGCUCCUGUUAUCCUGUGCUCUGGGGCAACACGCUGCACUCAGAAAAAAACAACCCUGAACCCCCAAAACAGCCGCCAGCAGCUUCACAUGAAAACUACUUUUUGUGACUGUGCUAUGUGUUAGAGCACGGCAUUACUUCCCCAUUCCUGCCUUCCCUUCCUUGCUUUUUUUUUUUUUUUUUUUUCCCUGGGUACCAGGCGCACCAGAGGGACUCGGAUCAAUACAAGACAGCACUUUUAGUAUAAACAAUACCGUAUUAACAACCACAGGGCAGCCGUACCUGUAGGCAGGGAUAGCACCAAAUGUUGGCACAUCUAUCCGUGCAGCUAGACUGCUAAAAAGAAGCAGCUCCAGUGGAAAUGCACCUACUGUAUGUGAAAUGCUGGUGCAGAUUUUUUUUUUCUUUUUUUCUUUUUUUUUUUUCUAUCAGUCUAACCUUCUGUGUUGAUACAUGAAUGCUGGUACCCACUUACAGGGAUGCCAGAUGAUCAGUGCAGAAUGAAGGUCCCAGGAGAAAGGCUCACGUGGUUUUCUCUGCCCCGUGACGUCACUAGCAGAUGGCAUGGGUACCAGCUCUGGCAGUUGGCAUCAAUGUCACUUUUUAGAGAUCAAUGAGAUAGUGCAGAUAUACACAGAUCUAGACUCCAGGAGACGAUGCGACAUUCAGACUGAAAAGAUUUGGAAGGCAAAAAAUGAAAACUGAUUGUUGAAUGAAAUAAAAAGAUAAGGUAACUUAAGAUUAUAGAACCAUGUUAACACUACCGUUUGAUGAGUCUGUUGUAAUGCCAGAAUCCCAGAUGUGUAGAAAGUUUUCCAGAGAAAGUGAUGACCAAAAGCAAAUGAAGAACCCAGAGAGCUUUUCGAAGCAGAUAGUGCUCCGAGGAAAGAAUAUUAAAAGAUCCCCUGGAGAAGACACAGAAAAAGAGGAGGAGGAGGAAGAGAGAGAAGAGGAGGAUGAGAAUGGCUUGCCCAGGCGAAGGGGCCUUCGGAAAAAAAAGACGAGCAAGAUCAGGAUGGAAAGGAUCAAAUUCAGGCGACAAGAAGCCAACGCUAGAGAGAGGAACAGGAUGCACGGCCUUAACGACGCCCUGGACAAUUUAAGAAAAGUGGUCCCUUGUUAUUCUAAAACACAAAAACUGUCCAAAAUAGAAACUUUAAGACUAGCUAAGAACUACAUUUGGGCUCUUUCUGAAAUCCUGCGAAUUGGCAAGAGACCCGACCUGCUCACCUUCGUCCAAAACUUGUGCAAGGGUCUGUCCCAGCCAACUACAAACUUGGUGGCGGGAUGCCUGCAACUGAAUGCCAGAAGUUUCCUGAUGGGCCAGGCGGGUGAAGGCGCCCAUCACACCCGCUCGCCCUACUCCACCUUCUACCCCCCUUACCACAGCCCCGAGCUCGGUACCCCCCCGGGGCAUGGGACUCUAGACAACUCCAAGUCCAUGAAACCUUACAAUUACUGCAGUGCUUACGAGUCCUUCUAUGAAAGCACUUCCCCAGAGUGCGCCAGCCCACAGUUUGAAGGUCCCUUAAGUCCUCCCCCAAUUAACUAUAAUGGGAUAUUUUCCCUGAAGCAAGAAGAAAGCUUGGACUAUGGCAAAAAUUACAAUUAUGGCAUGCAUUACUGUGCAGUGCCACCCAGGGGUCCCCUUGGGCAGAGCUCUAUGUUCAGGUUGCCUACAGAGAGCCACUUCCCUUACGACUUACAUCUGCGCAGCCAGUCUCUCACCAUGCAAGAUGAAUUAAAUGCAGUUUUUCAUAAUUAAUGAGGAAAAUGAAAAUAAACAGUGGUCAUUCACCUCCCCAUCUAAUUAAGAGCAAGCAGAUGCUUGGGCACUGCGUAAUUGGCACAACUCUAUUUAACGUGUUUACUAGUUCCUAAAGUGUGUUUCAACUAUUGUGGGGAUUUUCUAUGUAUUAAUAAACCCUUUUUCUGAUAAGUAUUUUUCCUUUUGUUUUUUUGUCUGUAAACACUGUGAGAUUCUGUUUCUUCCCAGAGGUUAUUUCCCCCUCCUCCUUUUUUUCUUUUUAUUUCCCUCUUUGCUUGAUUUGUUGAGCAGUGUGUCUGAACAAUAUCGCUGAAAUAAAAGCAUACACACUGUGUAAAGUCAAUGUCUAUUUUGAUUGUACAGUAAUUAUACAAAUGCAUGUUAUUGAAAUCAGAUUAAUAAAAAUGAUGUAUUUAUAAUUGGUAGAAAAUAUAUAUAAUGUAUUUGAGGAGAACUGGAUUAAAAAUAUUCAGAACUUUAAAGAAAUUAUCUCAGAACCGAGAUGGGCUUGCAAUAUGCAGAGGUGAGAGUGCAGCAAUAUCGAAAGCUAUGCAAAAAAAAAAAAAAAAAAAAAAGGCAAACAAAAAAUCAAACCAGUUUUUUGGGUGGUUGUUUUUGGGAAAGCUAAGGAAAACCAGUGAUUGUCACUGACAUUAUUCAGCUUGACCUUUAGAGUGUUGCUGGCAGAGGCCACAUGCUAAUAUUUUAGAAGAUGUUGUCGAAAUUUUGCCUCAGUUAUUUUGACCAUAUAUAAUCAGCACUUUUUUUGUAUUAUUCUGACUUCAGAUGUAAAGGUUUGUUAUAACAAUGUAUAACUGUGGUUUCUCACUGCGUACUUUAAAUGCAAUUAAACAUAGAUGUUUCCACUUUUAAAAUACAUCGAUUAGCUGUGAUACU